ACAGCAUCUCCCCACAUGGCGGCAACAGGCAAUUUGUGCCAACGCAGGAUGUGGUGCUUCCUCAGCAGCUGCCCAGGCUGAUGGAUCUACGCUCCAGAGAGGUGAUUGAACUGCAAUUUCUCUUUCACAAUCAGGCUUCAAACAUUCAGGAGGCGGCCAGGAACUACCUCAACGGCAAUCGGCUUCCCGGCAUCCCCGACACGCAAGCCCUGAACAGCCUCUGCAACGACUACAUCGCCAAGGCAGCGGCACUUGCAGACAGGCUGCAACUGCUUGGCGCAGAGGAGGAACGGGAUGAAGCCUGGUCCGGCAUUGGGGGAGCGCAAGGAUGUGCUGCGCCGGCUCCUUGUUUGGUUCCGGCGGCGGAUGUCUUCCAGCGCAUCCUCACCGACCUGCCGCCGGCGGCAACUAUGGGAGAGGUGGACGCAGCUCUGCAGCAUAUGCGCCUGCUCUCAGCCUCCGACAUCGACGACAUGCUCGAGCGUCCUCCCUCACCAACCCGGGCCACACCUGCGCCACUUGAUGGAAGCUUCGUCGGCAUGUACCAACGGGCUGGCCACGCACACUCGGCGAACACUGUUCCGGUGCCUAGCGAGCUGGCUGUUGUGCCGGGCACCGGGAACGGAGCGCCGGCGGCUACGGGCGCGAACGAGCUACAGCAUAACGAGGGAUCGGCUGCCCCAGGAGGCCCGGCACUGGUUGACUGCCUCUCCGUCACCCCGACGCCACCACUGCUGAACCAUAACGACAUCCCGCAGAAUGACAAGGCUCCAACUGGGGACGCGCCCACGCCGCCGGCACCAGCAAUACCGCCCAAACGUCAGCUGUGCCAUCGCGGCUUCGACAUGACUGCGGAAUUCCUGGCCAUGUUCCAGGGUCCGUUACCGCACUACGUUGUUGCUGCGCUGACCGCCGCCUUCAACCUCGACGAUGAUGGCGCCGAGGAGCUUGAUGAAGCGCUCGCUGCUGUCGCUGGGGACGCGAUCGAUGAUCUUCAAGAUGAAGCAGCAAACCUCUAGGUGCUGGCGCAGGCGGCUGCAGUCUAAGCGGCGUCUGCAGCAUUUAUCCCCAGCGCCCAGCCUAGUUUAAUGAUAGCUAAAUCAAUGUCAGAAUUUUGGUUCAGAGCGGGUUGUCAACGCUCAAAACUGCUUUCGUCCGGCGACUACGCUUUAAUCUUGGCUGUAACUCUAAAGGCUGAUCUUCAUGGCAUGUUAUGUGCUCCUUUUGCA